CUGAGUUUCUGGCAGCAGACUACUCGAACCUACCGCCACCUCGAGUCGAAUCGAUAUCAGCCCGUCCCGUCGACCUCGCCCUACGUCGUCAUUGGCACUGGCAUUGCUGGGGGGUUGCUCGCCUAUGAGCUGAUACAGGCCGGCGUCCCCGGCAAAGACAUUGUCCUUCUCGAGGCUCGUGAGGCUGCCAGUGGUGCCAGUUCUCGCAAUGCUGGUCACGUCAGGCCUGACGCAUUCCGGGGCUUCGAGACGUAUGCAAGACACCACGGCAAAGAGCAAGCCGUAAAGAUUCUUGCCAACGAGCGAAUCGUUCUUGAAAAGGUGAACCAGUUUGUUCGCGAGCACAAUGUCCCCUGCGACUUCAACUACACCACGACCUUCGAAUGCUGCAUGUCGCCCGAGUUUGCCGAACACGACAGGAGAAACUACGAGGCCUUCAAGGCCGCUGGCGGUGAUGUCUCGCACGUUCGACGUUACACCGGCGAGGAGGCAACAAACAAGACCCGCAUCGCCGGCGUUCUGGCAGCUUAUGAGUGGCCGGCGGGCUCAAGUCAUCCGGCGAAGCUGGCUCAAUGGCUGCUGGAUGCUGUCAUCGAGAAGGGCGCACAACUGUACACCUUUUGUCCAGCUGCCGCCGUCACCAAGUACUUGGGUAGCCAAAGAGAUGGGCAGCCUCAACUGUGGGAUAUCCAGACUCCUCGAGGAGUCAUCACGACCCCCAAAGUCGUCUACUGCACGAAUGCCUUCACGGGACACCUCCUGCCGCAGCUCGCACCUCAUAUCAUCCCGUAUCGCGGACAGGCCCACGCCAUUGUCCCUGUCCCUUCUCUAACCGGCAACAAGGUGCUGACCAGCACUUACUCUCUCCGAUACUCCCUGAACCAUUACUACUCGAUUAUCCAACGCCAAAGCGACGGCACCGUUAUCCUGGGAUGUUCGCUCCCCAAUCCCGCGCUCCCCAAGAGCGUCAUAGAGGGCAUCCGAACGAUUGACGACACAUACUUCAACGACGCCAUCAAGCAAGACGCCUUUACGCACUUGAAGGCUCUCUUGCCGGAUGCCGGUCUCGAAAAGGCCAAGUACGGCGAGGGACUUGUUCAUGCUUGGAACGGCAUUGUUGGUCUCACCAAUGAUGAAAUUCCCUUCUUGGGGUCCGUCCCAGGCAAGCCAGGUCAGUUUGUCUGCGCUGGAUUCAACGGCCAUGGCAUGGCGCGAAUCUUUACUUGUGCACCUGGUGUAGCCCAGAUGAUAUUGGGCAAACCUUGGGCCGACACUGGUCUACCUGAAUGCUUCGCGUUUGACCAGGAGAGAAUCGACAAGCUG